AUGUUCGUGUUCGGUGACUCGCUCCUAGAUCCCGGAAACAACAAUAAUCUUUUAACUUUAGCAAAAGCUAAUUACUUCCCGAAUGGCAUUGAUUUCUCUAUCGGAACCACGGGGAGAUACUGCAAUGGUGGCACUUUGGUCGACCAUUUAGGUAAGCUUCUUGGGUUACCUUUUGUUCCUACGUUCAAAAACCCUAGCACCAAUGGAUCAAACAUAUUAAAAGGUGUAAACUAUGCAUCAGCUGGGGCUGGAAUUCUUUGGGACACAGGACUAAUAUUUGGAGAUGUCUUCACAAUGGAUGAACAGAUACAAAACUUCAAGAAAACAAUUGAAGACUUGAGCCUAAUGCUAGGAAAUAAGACUACAGACUUCCUUGGAAGAUCUCUCUUCUUCAUUAGCAUGGGAGCUAAUGACUACAUCAACAACUACUUGCAUCCUCUAGCAUGGAGGUACAAAAAGUACCCUAUUGUGGCAUAUGAGCAAUUGCUGAUUCAAGAAUAUUCAAGGCAAAUUAAGGAUAUCUAUGAUCUUGGGGCGAGAAAAAUCUUCGUGUCCGGAGUUCCUCCACUCGGUUGCAUACCUAACCAAAUAGGUGGCAAUAAUGAUAGCAGUGGAGAGUGCAUCAGGUCAAGCAAUCGAAUGGCAGUGUCAUACAACAACCAAGUCAGUAUGUUGGCAGGCGAGCUAAAUGCAACGCUCGCAGGGGCUUCUUUCCUCUUUUGGAACAACUACAAGCCAGUUUACGACAUCAUCCAUAAUUACUCAUUAUACGGUAAUUACGUACAUAGAUAUAACCUUAGCUUCUACUAA